GGCGGGAGAGUUUAGCCACUGCCACUUCUCGGCUUCUGCGCUGCGAGCUGACGUCGGUGAUGAACUUGCGCUCGGACGCGUUCAUUUCAUCGGUUUGGGGCGAGAGGGAUUCUGGUGUUUCUGUCUCUCCUGUGGAUCGACGAGUCCACGCUCAGGAGGUGUGUGAUUGCGGCCUCGAGGACGACUGACUACUCACCAUUCGACGCUUCCUCCAUCAUCACCGCCAUUCGUAUUCGACGGCUGUACGAGCAGGCUGCGUGGAGGUUGGCGAGAGUUCUUGUGAAAUUGCUUGGGACAAGCUUUCACCGGAUGCACCGCGAACGUGUGUGGUGACGUAGAACUAGCGGCAGCGUGUGGCUUGUGGCCGAGUUCCGCGCAACGAGAGAGACACGAAGAGGCAGCACCUCAACAUACAUACCACGCAAUUGUCUGACGCCGCCCGCCUGCACUGCUUCGACCCGUCGACGCAGAUUCUGCGCUUCUGCAGACCUCUUUCCCCCCUCCGCCGCCGUUCCGGGGAGCUGCCACUGUACAUCACCUGCGGCACGGAAUCUGGGGCGAACAAGCAUCAUACCUGGGAACACAACCCAGCCACGGCCAUGUCGAACAGCUACUCCUCCAUCCCUCCGCUGAGCGAUUCUCACGCCGCGCGAGGCUACGGCACCUCGCAGACCGACUUCGCGACCUCAGGCAAUCCCGCCAUGAGCUCGCCAUUGGCUCAGUCCGUCGAGCGCGGCGGCGUCUUCCACGAGGACUUCGACGCGAGCCAGCGAGGCUCCUCCAUAAUCGACGGCCCCCAGCGAUCGGUCUCGCGCGCCAGCACUUCAGGCACCGGUGGAGUCAGUCGCAGCAACACACUGAAGAAGAAGAGCAGCGUGAAGAGGAGCGGCAGUCUGCGACGUAGCAGCAGCAAGAGGAGCUUGAGAGCCGGCAGCAUCAAGGGUGUCGUCGACGCCGACAGCGAGGACUUCCACAGCUAUGCUUUCACGCCCGUGCCGACCACUGGAACACCGACCGAAGUGCUCGCCAAUCGCUUCCAGGCGUGGAGACAGUUACUGAAGUCGCUGAUCGCCUACUUUCGCGAAAUCCAAAACUCCUAUGAAGCUCGCGGCAAAGCAUUGCACAAGGUGCAGAAUACCAUUUCUAACAUUACUCACCCUGCAGUGUUCAUGAGCAACGAUGGUCUUAGCGAAGCAACUCGCAUCCUUGACGGCUACCACAAGCGAUCGAUCGCCGAAGCAGCGAAAUCGAGAGAAAUCGAGAAUGAUGUAAUUGGCGCGUUGACUGGUCUGCGAAGUGAUUUGGGGCAGAAGAUCAAAGAGAUCAAGAGCCUGAGCGGCGAUUUUAAGAAUUCCGUCGAGAAGGAGAAGGCUGCUACCAGACAAGAGGUUGAGAAGCUGCAGGAGGCGCUCCAACACGCUGCGCAUGAGGACGGCAACGCAAUUGGCAAGAACGAUCCAUACGUGGUCCGUCUCGGAGUCGACAGGCAGAUUGAGAGACAGGUCGACGAGGAGAAUUACUUGCACAGGGCAUAUCUCAAUCUCGAAAGCUCGGGACGUGAGCUCGAGUCCAUCGUCGUUGGCGAAAUCCAAAAGGCUUACAAUGCACUCGCGGGCAUUCUCAAACGCGAGGCCGAUGACGCAUACAGUGCUGUUGAGAGCCUCCGAGGUGGCCCGAUCUCCAUGCCAAAGGACCAGGAAUGGUAUCAAUUCGUUACUCACGAUCCUCACUUCGUCGACCCCAGCUUGCCUCUCCGCCGCAUCGAGGACAUUGAGUACCCAGGCAAGCACGCACCCGCAGCCAGCGAGAUCCGUGCCGGCAUGCUGGAACGCAAGAGCAAAUAUCUCAAGUCCUACACACCGGGCUGGUACGUGCUGUCGCCAACGCACCUCCACGAGUUCAAAUCGGCGGAUAAGAUCUACUCGCAGCCGCCAGUCAUGUCGCUGUACUUGUUCGACCAGAAGCUUGGGUCGCACUCGGAACGUGGUUCUUCCAGUCACAAGUUCAUGCUCAAGGGGAAGCAGUCUGGCGGCAUGCACAAGGGGCACAACUGGGUCUUCCGCGCUGAGAGCUACGAUACCAUGAUGGCCUGGUUCCAGGACAUUCGAAUGCUCACUGAGGGCACCGGCGAGCAGCGUCAAGCCUUUGUGCGCAAACAUGCUAGGAGCGUGUCUGGCACUAGCGACAAAGGCACCGUGAGCAGCGAUGGCCUCGAAGAUGAUGAAGCUGAUCAGGCGCCUUAUUCGGCCGAUGUUACCAGCUUGGCCGAGCAACAUCCCGUUGUGGACGACAGACCAAAGAGACCACAGCCAGGCGGUCGGUUCCCGUCUGAUAUGGUUAUUCGAAAGGCCGGCGCUUACACUCCAGCCGCUGAUGGCGCCGUCGACGAUGACACGGAUGACGAUGAUGCGAAUAUCAUUGCCGCAGCUGGCGCCGUGCCUGGCUCCUCCCAAAACCAUUUCCGUGGCCCAAGCUAUGAUUACGGUGGUAAAGACCCGUAUCGCAUGGACAAUGUUGAUGCCGGAACUGCUCAUGAAGAGCCUUUUGUCAGUCGCGCAUAUACCCCGCCGCAUCAGGACGAGCUUGUUGCUGCCACAGCGGGCGUUGGUGCUGGUGCAGUCGGCGCUGCAGCAUACAGUCGUCAGCAGCAAGACAAGGAGAAUGCCAUUUUGCAGCAGUCGCAAGUCGCUCCUGCGCAGCCAGUUCCAGUCCAGCAAUCGCCAGUCGCACCCGCCCAGCCAGUGCCAGCUCAGCAGCCCCUGCAGACUCAGACGUAUGCACUUUCAGGCACUCAGCAGCUGCCAGCGUCUCAGCAUCAGGCUCCCGUAACGCCUUUGGCAGCACCACUCAGCGAUGAAAAGCUCAAACAGCCUUUUUUAGGCAAUGAGCCGGCGGCUUCCUCUGCUCAGUCUGGGUCACAAGUUCCGCUGGCUCAGUCCAACAGCGAGCCGAGCACCUUCAUCGCUCCCGCCGCAGCCGGUGUUGCAGGUGUUGGAGCUGGGGUUGUGGGUGCAGAAGCAUAUCGACGCCGCCAGCAGGAUUCUGUUGUUCCCAGCAUCGAAGACAAGAACGUGUCGCCUAUCGACACAACUCCGGACCAGGUGCAUUUGUCUCACACUCCUAGCAACGUGAGCACUAUCUCGCGCGAACGAUCUGUUCGUGCCUCGCCCAUCGGUAAUAGUAUCGCCGCUAUUGCUUUAGGCAACGAACCCAUCUCGCCUCCUUCAUCGCCACCUGCUGCUGUCUCUCCCACAGCUAUUCCCAACCCAACUCAACCGACCCUCGAAUCCACGACCCCGCUGCAUGCCGAGGUCGUCCCUGCGGUUGUACCUGCCGCCAGUCCUGCCGCUGCCGGGUCCACCGAGAAGUCUGCUCCCCUGCCUACAGCUUCCGCCAUCGCCUCAGAGCUCACGACCGAUUCUCUCAGUGGUCCGGCCAGUCCUCCUCUGAGCGGCAACGAAGCUCAGGGCGCGCACGAAACGGGUCAGCUCUUUCCACGUGUGAUCCGGCAUGAUACGAACUUGAGUAUCAGCAAACUGCACGUGCCGGGCGAGUUCAAGUGAUCAAGACAACGACUUGUCGAAAGAUGCGAUACGACAUUACGAACUUGGGGUCUGGUCGGCGCAGGAUGACACAAGAGACAUAUAGGCAGGCAGGACUUACAGAACAGGUGGUGAUACGAGCUUGAGAAACAAUGAGGGAAAAUUUACACGAUGGCAAUGAUGCGAGUGAUGAUGGAUUUGUGCUUGUUAUGUUUUUCUUCUCUUUUUGCGUUUGGAUACAUAGCGACAGACGAUGCGAGUGCGAUGCGCGUGCGAUGCGAUUUGAUUGAGUUGAAGCAGCAUUUGUUAAGUUCUUCAAGCGAGCAACAAUUAGUUUUUACUGUAAUGCGAGCAUUUGUGAUUCUUCCAGUUUCUGAGUUGAUUGUCGAUUCUGCGUAUAUGUUGGUCCUGGAG